UUUUUUUUUUUUUUAAAUAAUGCCUGAUUAUUAAUCUGCUGGAAGUUGUGUAAAACUGUCUCUUUUGAUAAGGGUGAGCGGCGGAGACUCCCCGGCGCUGGUGGUAGCUGGGCCACAGCUGUAAAAAAAAAAAAAGCCUGCGUGGAUUGUUGGUAAAAUGGAUGCCAUAUACAAGCUGAAAAUUUUUGUGAUGUUUCUGUCUCUGGCUACUUUCACAGUCAUGGUGAUACUGAAUGCUGGAAACGCCACUGGGAUAUUCAAAGGUCUGUUCAGGACAACCCCUGGAAACAUCUCGGCAAAGUACAACACUGACUUCACACCAGCUGGCUGGACUUUCCUCAUCUGGAAUGUCAUCUAUGCCUGGCAGCUGGCCUGGCUUCUCUAUGCCUUGUCAGGGAUCUGUCGAAGGAAUGAACUUGGAUGUGUCUACAUAAAGCCAGACUUGCUGCCAAUACCUUUCUAUGUGAUGUGGAUUCUGAAUAAUGGCCUCAAUGUUGGAUGGCUGUUUCUGUGGGACCGAGAAUACCUUCUCCCAGCCCUGGUGUUCCUGGCAGCCCUGACUUUUACCACGUGUGCCGCCCUCUUCAUCUCGCACCGAGCGCUGAGCAUCCAUUCCUCGUGGUUUGUGAAGGGUCACAAAGCUGAGCUCUGGCUCAUCCGCAUCCUAGUUCAGAACGGGCUGGCGCUGUACGCAACGUGGACCACCAUCGCCACUCUGCUCAACUUUGCCAUUGUCUUAAUCUACAAGUGGAAUGUGUCCAACGAGAUGGCGACAACUGUUUCUCUAAGCAUCCUUGCUCUUAUCCUAGUAAUAUGGUUUUGUCUAGAAAACUUCUUUCUUGACAAGUAUGUUCGCUAUAACCUUACAAUCUACCCAGUGGUCAUAAUAGCUCUGACUGGCAGCACAUGCAAGAACGUCUCGUUUUCAUCCCCAACGACGAACGACAUUUUUAUAGUUUUUCUGCUGGGGACAACGUGCUUGAUCUUUGCUGUGCGGCUGGGACUAGUGACGUGGAGACACUGUAAGAGACCACUGGAAGCAUCGGAAACCCCAGACCCAUCAGGCACAGUGGCCUGAGACCUCUGGUAUGUUGUGGCAGACACGUUAAAGGGAGAAAAAAAAAAAAGAGCUGGCCAUCUGCUGGUUCUUCCUUCCAGUGCCUUGCGUUCUUCUCUAACUCUUUCCAUUCUAAAUGUGGGUGGCUUGUGUUUGCUGCCACAUUCCCUCAGAUCAGCUUCUCACUGCCAGCCCCACCUUGAACCCGCGCCCUCCUUCAUUUGGUUUGACUCUGGAUCAGCGCAGGGAAAAAGUCCUUUUCAGCUGAACAGCCCGAUGAUCACCUUUUGUGAUGACUGAGCUCUGCCCGUCCGCUCCUGGGCUGCCACCAGGCACUUGACAGGCUUGCACAGACAGUUGCCCACAUUCUUUUCCUUGGUAGCUUGUUUUUCUUGAAAUGCAGCUCUAAGCAGUCUGUCCCUGGGAGCAGAGGUGGGCAGCAGGAGGUCUGUUGUUCCUUUGGCCAUUCCCAGCUGGCUAUCUGCAAGCCCUGGUGGUGUGAGCAGCUCCCCAGGCAGCAAUUCCUCCUUUCCCUGCUUCUCUCCAUCAUGAUGGGAACAGAUCUCACAGCUCCAGAGAUCUGCCUUUGCAGUGUCAGCUCCAAGGAGGGGAGGAGGAAUGACUGAAUACUAAUCACACAAUUGCAAGCCUUCAAUCUACUGGAAGUAGGUCUAGAAACUGAAGAUGUGUUCACUUUUCAGAAGCCAGUAAGGUUUCUGGGCCUCUGCCCUGGUUGGUUGGUUUUUUCCUGACUUUCUCAGUUAAGUUAAUUGCUGGCCACAUGCCUCCUGCCAGAGGAUGGGUUGUAGCCACUCUGGCAGGAGGUUAGACAUACAGGUGAGGUGACACCUGGUCUGGGGUAAAGCCUGCUGCUUCAAAGGAUGCCUGUUUAAGGAAGGAAAAAAAAAAUUAUUUGAACCAGUAGAGUGAGUUCAUCCUGGAUCAGUGCUUUCUCAUAUGGCUUCACUAUUACUAUAAGGAAGCACAAAAGUGGAUUGACUGAGCUGUCAGACCGCUGCCUCCAUCACCUGUGUCUGCUCAAGGGCUGAUGGUGCCUCACUGGUGUCUGGAAAGAGCUCCUGCAUGGCAGGCACUUUCAAAUGCUGAAAAUCUUGCAAUAUUAUUACAAAGGUGAAUUAUUCUAAAAUAAAGUGUGCCGUUGUUUACACUUAACAAACAAAA